AAACCGCACAGGUUCACAUCAAAGUGUUGUUGGUGUGGUUCUGUUUAAAGGUGACCUGAGUUAGCCUCCGCCUUCGCCUUCGCCACAGCCUCGGCCUCAGCCGUACCUCCCAGAUACCCCCCCACCUGGAGAGUCACGGGAGCCCAGAGGAAACAGAGGACUCACCUCUGCAGGUGCCCAGCCAGUGGAAGCUGCAGCUGCGUAGGGCGCGAGCGACAGAGGAGGAGGUGCCAUGGAGCAGCUGGAGGAAGAGGGCCGCACCUUCAUGCAGGUGAUCAGCGAGAAGUACAGCCCCGAGAACUUCCCCUACCGACGAGGCCCCGGCGUGGGGGUGGUGGUGCCCAUCAUCGGCCCUCAAGGAUCGCCCAUGAAGGAUCGUCUGAACCUCCCCAGUGUGCUGGUUCUGAAUGGCUGUGGGAUCAGCCGGGCCGGAGAUCAGGCAGAGAUAGCCGCCUUCUGCGCCCACGUCAUGGAGCUCGAUCUGUCCGAUAACAAACUCCGCGACUGGCACGAGAUCAGCAAGAUUGUGUCCAACAUCCCCAACCUAGACUUUCUCAACCUGAGCUCGAACCCGCUGCACGAGGCCACUCUGGAGCCGAGCUGUGCUGAGGCCUUUUCCCGCGUCCGCCGCCUUGUCCUUAACAACACUCAAGUGUCCUGGGACACCGUGAACGCCAUGACGAGAGAGAUCCCUGAGCUGGAGGAGCUGUUCCUGUGCCUUAACAAGUACACCACUGUGUCCCCCUCCACCGCCUCCUGCGCCUCCCUCCGCCUGCUGCACAUCACUGACAACCACCUGCAGGACUGGGCCGAGGUGCGCAAGUUCGGGGCCAUGUUCCCCGGCCUGGACACCCUGGUCAUGGCCAACAACAGCCUCAGCUCCAUCCAGGACUCCGGCGACACUCUGCAGCGUCUCUUCCCACACCUACGCAGCAUCAAUCUGCACAACUCAGGUCUUCAUCAAUGGGAAGAUAUCGAAAAGCUCAACUUCCUCCCCAAACUGGAAGAAGUUCGUCUUAAGGGGAUACCUUUGCUAGAGUCCUACACCAACACAGAACGCAGAAGCCUCAUCAUAGCACAUUUGCCCUCGGUGAACAAUCUGAAUGGAAGUGCGGUGAGUGACAGUGAGAGGGAGGAUGCCGAGAGAUUCUUCAUCCGCUACUUUCUGGACCAACCACCGGAGAUGCUGCCGUACAGGUACCACUGCCUGGUGACCAAGUACGGCAAGCUGGAGCCUCUGGCAGUGGUGGACCUGCGUCCGCAGUUCCACGCGCGGGUGGAGGUGCACUGCGAGGACAAGGUGGAGGAGCUGAGCAUCCGGCUGGACCAGACGGUGGCCGAGCUGAAGAAGCAGCUGCGCGCCGUGGUGCGCCUCUCCGCCAACAACAUGCGCCUCUACUACAUCGCCAAGGACGUGGACAUCGCCUUCGGGCCCGAGGAGAUGAAGUACAGCACGCGCGCCCUGCACUCCUACAGCAUCCGGGACGGAGACGAGCUGCUGGUGGUGCCCAAGACCAAAUGACUCCUGCUUUCUGCAUUCCGCCGUGCAACCGGGUUG